AUGGCAGAGUUUUCGCCAAUAACAGCUGCAAUCUUGCUUCAAAACAUAGUUCCAAAAGUUAGCCCCCUUCAGACAACAACAAAUGGGUGGCUUGGACCUGCGCGAAGAAGGCAUCUCAAUGGCUUGGACGAUUGGGUUGUGUUGAACGAUGGGUCGGUCUGUAGUUGUGAUGCUGAAUCUGGGAUUGAUGUUGCUGAAUUUGGUGCGAAUGAGCAGAAACGAUCAGUCCCAACUGGUCCUAGCCCAACACAGUCUCCUGAAUCACCUCCUUCCAUUGAUUCCAUCUUUCGUGAGAAUGAGCAGAAACGAUCAGUCCCAACUAAUCCUAGCCCAACACAGUCUCUUGAAUCACCUCCUUCCAUUGAUUCCAUCUUUCGUGUGAAUGACCAGAAACGAUCAGUCCCGACUGGUCCUAACCCAACACAAUCUCCUGAAUCACCUCCUUCUGUUGAUUCCAUCUUUUGUGACACGAAAGAGCAGAAACGAUCAGUCCCAACUGGUCCUAGCCCAACACAGUCUCCUGAAUCACCUCCUUCCAUUGAUUCCAUCUUUCGUGUGAAUGACCAGAAACGAUCAGUCCCAACUGGUCCUAACCCAACACAGUCUCCUAAAUCACCUCCUUCCAUUGAUUCCAUCUUUCGUGUAAAUGAGCAGAAACGAUCAGUCCCAACUGGUCCUAGCCCAACACAGUCUCAUGAAUCCCCUCCUUUCAUUGAUUCCAUCUUGUGUGUGAAUGAGCAGAAACAAUCAGUCCCAAAUGGUCCUAGCCCAACACAGUCUCCUGAAUCACCUCCUACCAUUCAUUCCAUCUUGCGAGAGAAUGAGCAGAAACGAUCAGUCUCAACUGGUCCUAGCCCAACACAGUCUCCUAAAUCACCUCCUUUCAUUGAUUCCAUUUCUCAUGUGAAUGAGCAGAAACGAUAA